AUGACCGCCUCCGAGUCUCAGUUGCCGCCGGGAGACCCCGCACCGGAGCUCCUCGAUGGCCGGCUGUGGGUUGACGGCUGCUUCGACUUCUUCCACCACGGCCAUGCCGGCGCCAUCGUGCAAGCCCGCCAACUCGGCGAUGAGCUGUACGUCGGCGUGCACUCCGACGAGGCGAUCCUGGAGAACAAGGGCCCUUCGGUGAUGACCAUGCAAGAACGUCUCGCCGCCGUCGACGCCUGCCGCUGGACGACCCGCUCCGUGCCCGACGCGCCGUACGUGACGCAGCUGGACUGGGUCAGCCACUUUGGCUGCCGGUACGUCGUGCACGGGGACGACAUCACGUCGGACGGCUCGGGCGAGGACUGCUACCGCUUCGUCAAGGCCGCCAACCGCUUCAAGGUGGUCAAGCGCACGCCCAGCAUCAGCACGACCGACCUCGUCGGCCGCAUGCUGCUCUGCACGCGCACCCACUUCAUCAAGUCGCUCGAGCGCACGCUCGCGGGGGCGGAGGAGGAGGGCGCCGCCGGCGACCCGGCCGACCGGCGGGCCGAGGCGCAGGCCAUGCGCGAGCGGGCGCGGCUGUACGCCACGGACGAGACGGCCAAGGCGCCCGGCGUGGACGUCUGGUUCUGGGGCGCGAGCGAGGAGGCCAAGGCGGCCGACACGGCCGAGGAGCGGGGCAGCUUCCGGCAGCUGUUCGCGGGCAAGGGGCCCCGCCCCGGCCAGAGGGUCGUCUACGUCGACGGCGGGUUCGACCUGUUCUCGAGCGGGCACAUCGAGUUCCUGCGGCUCGUCGCGCGGGCCGAGGAGGAGCUCGCGCGCGGGGACGGGUGGUACGAGCCGCAGGCCGUGGACGAGCGCAAGGGCAAGGGCGGCGACUACGGGCCCGUGUACGUCGUCGCCGGCGUGCACGACGACGAGGUGAUCAACCGGUGGAAGGGGGUCAACUACCCCAUCAUGAACAUCUACGAGCGCGGCCUCUGCGUUUUGCAGUGCAAGUACAUCAACGCCGUCAUCUUUGGCGCGCCCUUCGCGCCGACAAAGUCGUACCUGACGCACAUGCCCUGGGGCACGCCCGACGCCGUCUACCACGGCCCGACGGCCUUCAUGCCGCUGACGUACGACCCCUACUCGGCGCCGCGCGAGAUGGGCAUCUACCGCGAGAUCGCGCCGCACGACUUCCAGGACGUCAACGCGGGCACGAUCGUGCAGCGCAUCAUGCGGAGCCGGGACCUGUACGAGGCGCGGCAGCGGGCCAAGGGCGUCAAGGCCGACAUUGAGAAGGCGCACCGGGAGCGGGAGGUGCUCGAGGAGGAGCAGCGGCGGAAGGAGGCGGCGGCGGCUGCUGCUGCUGAUGAUGAUACACAGUAG